ACAUUUAAUUUUAACACCACGUAACUAUCUCAAACAAAAAUGGACCCCAAAGACGACGAAAUUGUUAGUGCACCUAUCGAAGAAAAAAACCAAGUUCCAACUGAGAAUGAUAUACCAACAGGUGCCCCAGAUGUACCACCAGCACCAAUCAAUAUUCCAGCUGUUCCUAAACCAAAGCCUAAAAAAGCCCCAGAGCUUCCUAUUUUUGAGAGAAGAAACUGGAUAAUACACCUCCAUUAUGUAAGAAAGGAAUUUGACAUCUGCAAAUCUAUUGUAAAAGAACAGCUAGCAGAAAGUGGAGGAAUGUGUGAAUAUGCUGUCUACACUCAAGCUCUGGUUUUAAGACAAGAAGGCCGAAUCCAGGAAUCCCUAGAGCUGUUCCAGACAUGUACUCUGCUGAAUCCGCAGAGUGCUGACAACCUGAAACAAGUGGCCAGGUCACUAUUUCUUCUGGCUCGACAUAAAGCUGCCAUAGAGCUUUACAAUGAGGCUGCCAAGUUAAGUGACAGAGACUGGGAAAUAGCACAUAAUCAAGGCGUGUGUUACAUGUACCAGAGAGAGUACAAAAUGGCAAAAGAUUGUCUCAGUCAGGCAUUAUUGUUCAAACGACAUGAAAUUUCCUAUGUGAUGUUAGGAAAGAUUCACCUGAUGGAGGGCAAUAUUGAGGCUGCCAUUGAAAUCUAUAAACAGGCUGUAGAGUAUUCCCCAGAAAAUCCAGACAUGUUGACAACACUUGGACUUCUGUAUAUGCAGAUUGGACAAUUCCAAAAGGCCUUUGAAAACCUUGGAAAUGCCAUGACCUAUGACCCUUCCCAUGUCAAGGCCAUAAUGUCAGCAGGGAGUAUGAUGCAGACCCAUGGGGAUUUCGACGUGGCACUGAACAAAUAUAGGAUAGCUGCUGUAGCAACCCCUGAGAGCCCUCCAUUAUGGAACAACGUUGGAAUGGCUUUCUUUGGAAAGAAGAAAUAUGUUGCUGCCAUCAGUUGCCUUAAGCGUGCAAACUACCUGGCUCCAUUUGAUUGGAAGAUUCUGUAUAACCUGGGACUGGUCCACCUCACCAUGCAACAGUAUGCUUCAUCCUUCCAUUUCCUCAGUGCUGCCAUUAACUUGCGUCCAAAAAUGGCCCAGUUGUUCAUGCUCCUGGGAGUGGCCCUGACACAUUUAGAGGACACAGAUAAUGCCAGGAAGGCCUAUGAACAGGCUGUAGCUAUAGAGCAGAAAGACCCAGCAAUGAGUCUCAACUUUGCAAUAUUUUUGUACAAUGUUGGUGAUAAAAGUGCAGCUCUAAAACAUUACAAGGAAUUUGAGAGUAGGUAUAAAAUCAUGAGAGCGACCAAUCCAAAUGCUGCAGAUCAAGAGAUGCAGGAUGCAGCACAGAAGCUGGGAACUGUUUUACAAGUGGGUGAAAAUCUUGUGUGGAAUGAUGGUGCUCAGAAAACAGCCACUGGACCUUCUGACAAACCAGACCAAGAGAGACCUGCAACCACCAGUGGUGUCAGCCUCCCUCCCCCAGUCGCACCCAUGGGGCGUGAACAAAUUACCACACCCAUAAUUCCACCAUAUGACCCGUAUGAAGAUGAAAAGGGGCCAAGUCGCAUGGGAGAGACCCCUCUACCUCCAGCCCGAGGUCUCACCACCAUGAAAACUGAGUUUGAAUUUAAAACUCAGCAGAGUGAUUUGGAAAACCUCCCCAGCCCUCCUGAUAAACCUCCUUCUUAUGAUGAUGCAAUGAGUUCAGUUCAAGGAGCCAAGGAUGAGGACGAGGAUGAGGACUUUGUACAUCCUCUUCCUUCAUGACUACCCGUGACCAAAUGUCACAUGGAUCUGUGAUUCUCAAAAAAGAGGUAAUUCCUCGCGUCACUGACAUGGACCAUCUUGUUCUCAGUUCCUGUGUCCUGACACAUGACGUUGUUUUGUGUACCAGUAUUUAUUCAUUGGAAGAUACCUAUUGUAUCUUGAUAUACCUAUUGUAUCUUGAUAUGCUUCAUUUUCUUUAAUCAAUACUGAAUUUGCUUAGAGUACCAGAAAAUUAAGGAAUAGAGUUUUCAAUGGCUGUGGGCUAAUAUCCUAUCUUUAUGUAUGACAAAGUGGAAAGUACAUGUGCUCCAUUUAAUGUUUCAUUUUUGUGUAUAGUAGUUCUAGUGCUUUGUCAGACUUUAAAUUACAGUGGAAAAUGAUCUUCAUGUAUUUCAAGUCAGAAAAAUGGCUAUUCUUGAAAAAAAAAAAUUAUACUCUU